AUUUUUUAUAAGGAUUACGUAGCCAGAUUCAUACUUGAAGGUAGCAAGAGUAACUAUCCAAAAGAUCGUCGCUAUGUCUCUACUGCAAAAUAUUAGCCGUUUGUCCUUAAGAACAGUUCACGUUCGACACUUCUCGGUAACAAAUGCAUCGAAAAGUAACAUUGGUUUCAUUGGUCUUGGCAAUAUGGGCAAUCAUAUGGCCAAGAAUCUCAUGAAAAAGGGCGAAUCUAUUGUUGUAUUUGAUAUUUCCAAAGAAUCUGUCAAUUCUCUUACUACUGAUGGUGAGAAAAUUAAUAAUUUAUUAAGAGCCCAAGCAGCUUCGUCACCCUCCGAGGUCGCCGCUAAUUGCGAGAAAAUUAUCACCAUGUUGCCAUCGAAUCCUCACGUUAAAGAAGUAUACACCGGAAAUAACGGAAUAUUAUCUGGUGUAAAGAAGGGGUCACUUUUACUUGACAGUAGCACUAUUGACCCUGCCGUUAGUCGUCAUGUAGGAGAACAAUGUCAAGCAAAGGGUGCAUCCUAUAUGGAUUGCCCAGUUUCCGGAGGAGUUAAUGCUGCAAGGGAUGGAAUUCUUACUUUUAUGGUUGGUGGGGAUUCUGCGAAAUUCGAAGAGGCAAAAUCUAUUCUAGAGAAGAUGGGAAAGAAUAUUAUACAAUGCGGUGAACUCGGUACUGGAAAUUCUGCAAAAAUAUGCAACAACAUGCUUCUAGCAAUCUCAAUGAUAGGCACUAGCGAAACUAUGAAUUUGGGAGUAAAACUUGGCUUGAAACCUGAACUAUUAGCACAAAUCUUGAACAUGUCAACUGGAAGAUGUUGGAGUAGUGAACUAUAUAACCCCUAUCCCGGCAUUUUACCAAACGUUCCGUCAUCAAAUGAUUAUCAAGGCGGAUUUGGCUCAGCCUUAAUGCGAAAAGAUUUAGGCUUAUCUCAAGAUGCUGCAAGUGCAACAAAAUCUGCAACACCCUUGGGUAAAAAAGCCUUUGAAAUUUACAGCGAAAUGUCGGACAAAGGAUUUGGACAAAAGGAUUUCUCAUCAGCUCUAAAAUUCAUUCAAGAUGUACUUGAAAAGCAGUGA